AUGUCGUUUCUAACAGAAUAUUUCGACGAGUACCGUCAGCAUCCGAUAAAGAAAACUAAAAUGUGCCGUCCAGAGCUCAGGUGGGCAAAGUUAGAGGGAAAAUGGCUGGAUCCAAAAGUUGGCACGCAGGACAAAGAAUGGUCGGAUGAGGAGAUUGAGGCGUUCAUCAAGGAGACGAUGAAGAGCAUCCGAGGACAGUCCACCUACUACAACUCAUACUGUGCACACUUGUCAGAAGAUUUUAAAGACCGUCCCUUCGAACCGCGCGUGAAGAAGUUAAGACCAUGUUCUGAGUUAUUUCAAAAGAAAGAAGAGGAGGUGGAAGUGACAGAACCGCUCACGAAGCUCGCCAUGAAGGACACUGAGCUGAUGAAGGGAGCCAAGGAGUUGUAUGAGCUGGACCUGGACCGGCCCACGCUACAGCCACUGCCCACACACUUGAGAAUUUACGGCUACGUCAGACCACAUCUCUGGCACACGGGCAUCAGUGACUACCAGGCAGGCAUAGCUCGCCUGGCGUAUGAGAUGAUCCGGGACGACCGAAUCCCUCCCUACCACGCCCACAAUGGUUGUAGACCAAGAUGGGGCAUCCCGCCAGAAGGGGAGAGACAACCAGAGCUUGAUGGAGCACCCUUCACUGGAGAAAGGCUGUAUUAA